UGAACAGCUCGGCAACAGUGCGUGUCAUUGAAAGGUGUGGUGGUUGUUUAUAAUUUUUUUCUAAACAGCAUCGCCUAACAACAAAACCACAAAAACAAAAUGCAUCUGAAUGCGGACAUUUCGAGUGCGUUGCAGCUAUUGGAGGACAUAAAGAACACAGUGGACGAGCUGGGCGAUCCGAAGCUGCAGGUGAACACAUAUCAGGACCUCAAUUUGCUGAUAUCCGUACUCGAGAAUCCCGUAUUCAGGAGCAUAGUGACCGUACAAGAUUCGCUGAGCGAACUGAACCAACAACUGGGCCAACAUCCCUCGAUACUGCCAGUCGAUUUCGAUAUAACAGCGUCGGGCGAAUUGGUGUUAAAUGUGCCCCCAGCUGGCGAACUGUACGAUCCGGACUACACGGACGAUUUCCAGACGAACAGGGACUUCGACGAGCAGCGAGUGCCGUCCGCCCCCAUUUCACCGGGGUCGCCGCAGGUCGCCACUUUCAACAAUAAUCCAGACAAUAAGAUGAUCCUGAUCAACAGCAAAACAAUAAAUGGGGGGCUCUGCAACCAGGACCAGGCUUUGAGGUUGUUACAAAACAACCCAGGUUUCAACCAUGACGAUGACAUAAUACACAGGUCCCCGUCAGUCAGUAGUGACGCUUCCAAAACUGGAUCAGACACGCUGUUGAAGAGCGAGUGGUCACAAGUUGAAAGUAUAGAUUUGAUAAAUGAUGGCACUGGCUUAGGAUUUGGCAUUGUUGGUAUGAGGAACAUGGGGGUCGUUGUUAAGACCAUCCUUCCUGGUGGGGUGGCUGAUCGAGAUGGCAGACUUCAAAGUGGUGAUCACAUUUUACAGAUUGGCGAGGUGAACUUACACGAAAUGGGUUCGGAACAGGUGGCCACGGUGCUGAGACAGUCGGGCACCCACGUGCGUCUAAUAGUGGCACGUCCCGUGGACAUCAGUUCAACCGAGUACAAAUAUUUGGGCAGCUCCGCACCCCUGGUGCCUACCAGAUUGCUGAACGACUGCGUGGAAUUGGACAGGUACUUGAUACAGCACAAGUACUCGCCGAUCUUCCACAAGGAUCAAGUGAGUGAGAUGUACCAAUACGACCAGUCGAAACCGCCGUACACCGGACUGUCGAGGGUGCCCGCCUCACCGUCGUUGCCUUUGCUUAAUCUGGACAUGGCCGUCAAAAUGCCAGAGAUGGAGAAGUUCGUCGUUGAGCUGAAGAAGGACGCGAACGGAUUGGGAAUAACGAUCGCCGGCUAUGUAUGUGAGAAAGAGGAACUGUCGGGUAUAUUUGUAAAGAGUGUGAGCAAGGGCAGUGCGGCCGAUGUAAGUGGCAGGAUAAAAGUAAACGAUAGAAUUGUCGAAGUGGAUGGGCAAUCAUUGCAAGGUUACACCAACCUGCAGGCCGUUGAGGUGCUUAGAAAUUGCGGGAACGUGGUGAAACUGUGCCUGGAAAGAUACUUGCACGGACCUAAAUAUGAACAGUUGCAGCAAGCAAUAGCGGCAAGUGAAAUAAAACCGACUUCGCCACCAGAAGUGCCACGAUAUCCUAAAGAAGACGACGGGAAUUUAGUUCUUAACGGAGAGAGCAAAGAAGAUACUCACUCCGACUUAUUUAGCAACGUUAAAAAGGAAGAGAAACCCGUUCUUUCCGAAGACGAAAUCAUAGCCAAGUGGAAAAAGAUAAUGGGCGACGAAACUGAGAUAGUGGUGGCCCAGUUGACUAAAUUCGGGGAAAAGGGAGGCCUGGGUAUUAGUCUGGAGGGCACCGUGGACGUGGAGGAUGGCAAAGAAGUACGUCCCCACCACUACAUACGAUCGAUCCUCGCCGAAGGACCGGUGGGCAAGAAUGGCACCCUCAAGUCCGGCGACGAGUUGCUAGAAGUCAACGGCCACAAACUCCUAGGCAUGAACCACCACGAGGUGGUCAGCAUACUGAAAGAACUACCCAUCAACGUGUGCAUGGUGUGUGGCCGCAGCCCCGUCAAUCUAUUCGACACGCAGGAGUCCGCUUAUUCGGAAAGAUCGCCUCUGACCCGCAGCUUGCACAAUUUAUUACCGGCCUCGGAUAGAUUAGUCAAAGCCAAGUCGGACGGAUCACUGGCCAGCAGCAUAGCGGCGGUGGGGCCGUCGAACGCGUCGUUCAAUAAGAUGAAGUCACGGUCCCUGGAACCGCUCACCGGCCUCGCCAUGUGGAGUUCCGAUCCACAGAUCAUCGAGCUGGUGAAGGGCGAACGCGGCCUCGGAUUCUCGAUACUGGACUAUCAGGAUCCGAUCGAUCCGAACGACACGGUCAUCGUUAUCAGGAGCUUAGUGCCUGGCGGCGUCGCCCAGUUGGACGGUAGGCUCAUACCCGGCGACCGGCUGCUUUUCGUCAAUGACACUGUUUUGGAAAACGCGUCCCUGGAUCAGGCGGUGCAAGCCCUGAAGGGCGCCCCCAAGGGCAUUGUUAGGAUAGGCGUGGCGAAGCCCCUGCCCAUUCCCGACACGGCCGUUCACAGCUCGUUCACCGAAAUGGAUCCGCAUAGACUACUUACAACGACACUCAAGUAAUGUACGAUAAGUGAUAUCAUGAUGUUGCCUAUUUCUUUUGUGUGACUCGUCAAAAAUCUCGGACGCUCGGAAACAAAACACUCGUAUCUCACCGCCCGGUGCUUUCCACACUCCUUAGGUAAUACUCGCACGUGAGCAUGACAAAUAAUAUCGGGGUGUUUUGUCUCUACACUAGAAAUCGAUUAGUUUCUUGAUGUAGUCGAUGUUACGCUAGAUAUCUGGUUUUCAUAAAUAUUGUCACCCAUUACCAAAAAUUCUUCAUACCAAAAUGAAAUAGAAAGGUGGAAGACAACAAUCCAAGUCUGGCUUUCUAAGCUAAACUAGGAUUGCUGUCUUCCAUCUUUCUGUUGAAUUUGGUUCGUGUGGCCGCCAACGGACAACGGUAUGGGAUGUUUUAAAGGUAUUUGGGCAGCAUUCGUUGCGGGGCAAUGUUCAGGUGGCGUGGUUACCACGCCCUCUCACCAGUGUCAGCUUGAAUUUCCUUUAUUAUGUCUUAUGCGGUUCUCUUAUUAAAUUGGGUUCAAUCCGUCAAGAAAUUUUUAGAAAAGCGUGGUUUUUGUUUUAGUUCUCUGUGAUAUGCCUCGAAUAGUUUGUAAGCGUUUAGAAAUUUCUCUAGUGAUAGCUGUGACAAUAUUGAUGGAAUCUACUCCAACUGCCAAAACCUUCUAGCAAUAAUUUGUAUGCGGUCUACACAAACUUGCAAUCCUUGUAAAGUUUUCGAUGCAAUUAAUAACGUCUUGAUGUAAUUGAUUUUUUAGCAAUAAAACGCAUUACUAAAACGGGUAAAAAUUAAGCUUAAGCUUUCUUUAUAAGGAUUGUAUUACCUACGUCUUCCUGCUAAGCACUAGUUUUUGUUAUGCAUUUUCGAUAGUGUAGUCCGUUAUCUUUAUAAAAAAAACUUAUUGGCACUGAAAAAAGUAUUGAAUAAUAAGUAUUAUAUAUUGUUUAAGUGUUGAAUAAUUUGAUGUUUGUUGUUUAUGUUACCAAUUGCGUGACUUAGGUGAUAAUUGUCGUAGAAUGUUGGAUAUUUUAUAAAGGUUGUGGUGUUCAUUCACUAUUAGUUGAUAAUUUAGAUAGUAUUUUUGUAAAAAUAUAUUAACAUACAAAAGAAAUAGGUAAUAUCAUAUUAAAAUUGCAUAACAGCAUAUGUAUAUUUAGAUAUUGUGAUAUAAUCUUUUCCAAAAAAGUGUUAUUCCUAUGUUAAUUAUAUGAAACCUGAAUUACUAGGUUUUAAUGUUAUAUUAAUAUUAGAAACGUAUCUCUUCAUAUCUUACACGGAUCUUAAUUGAGCAUUUUGGUAUCAUUUAAAUACAGCAAUAAUUUACAUUUUUAUAUAUAGAAGUAUGAACCUUAAAUAUAUAAAUAUUUUAAUCA